GGCUUCAUUGCAAACACUGAGCGAGCCUUUUCAUUUGAUACAGCCUCUCUUUCCGAAAUGGGAUACUACAUAACUCCCACCUCGGUGCUCUCUGUUAGCGCUGUCCUUUCUGCGCUCGCAGCCAUUGCUGUUGCCUCACGGGUUAUUGUGCGAAGUCGUCAAGCAGCAAAGUAUGGUGUUGAUGAUUGGCUCAUUUUGGUCUCCCUGGUUUUUACCGAGGCUUGCGGAAUCAGUUUGAUCGUUGGUUCUGCCUUGAAAGGUCUUGCUCAGCCAACACCCACGGGAGAUGGUCCCAUGGGGUUUCUCACCGUUAAGAACGAUGCUCUCAUCAUCACAGAGAAGGUCAACUGGAUUGACAUGCUACUUCAAUGUCUUUCUUUCGGGUUGAUAAAGAUGUCGGUCGUUUUCUUCUACAGAAGAAUCUUCUGUAACCCAAGCAACAAAGGAGGAGCAUUCGACAUCAUCUCAAAGAUAACCAUCGGUUUUCUAUUCAUAUGGAUGAUGGUAUUCUUUUUUGUCGUCUUAUUUGAAUGCAAAGGACACUUCUGGGCGCAGUGGGACAACUUGAUGGCACUCCUUACCUACUGUUUGGACGAUUCCAAAAUUCAGUUGGCCUUCUCCUGGAUCGAUGUCAUAACGGACGUUUGGAUCCUGUCCUUGCCACUAUAUCCCGUGUGGAAGCUACGACUACCGUCUCGACAAAAGCUGGCACUGUGCGCUGUUUUCCUCAUGGGGACUCUUGCAAUUGCAGCAGGUGUACUUCGUCUAGUCAUCUACAUACAACAAUUGACAAACUCUUUCAAGGAUCCAGACGGCAUAAAGGUCAUUACUACACAGCUAUACUGGAGUAUGAUCGAGAUGUGUUUAUGCACCGUUGCAGCUUGCCUCCCAACAUUGAAACCGCUAUUCAAUUAUAUUCCGAUUGACUCCCUUUUCAGCAGUCUCCGUACGUUAUUUUCCACAAACUCCGUCGAUCUUUCGCACAUCGAAAUGGACACUUAUGCUUCCACGAGACGGCCUCACGAUGGACCGUCUGAGGGCUCUGAGAAGUCUCUGGUGUGA